CGUGCGGAGAUCGUGCGGCUGGCGGAGGCGGAUAGCAAGGACCCGGGACAGCAGGCGCUGCUGUGGGGGUACAUCCGCGAGGCACAAAGGCUCCAUCCGAUACCCGCUGUCCUUCGCGUGGCGAAGAAGCCAGGCACAAUUCCCUUGGGCGAAGGCAAGACGGUCUCUGUCCAGGCUGGCGACCCCGUCUUUAUAAGCGUCAAGAACGCGCAUCGGAACCCGAAGGACUUCCCCGAUCCAUUGAAAGUUAACCCGCGGCGACCGGCAGACAAAUUCCACCUGCAGGGAUCAGGCUUCCACGAGUGCCUCGGCAUUGAGCUUACCGAGAAGACGGUCUCCGAGGUAAUUAAGGUGAUCUUCCGGCUGAAGAACCUGCGCCGCGCAGAGGGCGCCGCUGGCCGCCUUGCUGGCCUCUCGCUUGACGUCUACGGUACAGAGAGCCCUGUGUACUUGGACGAGACCGGAAACUUGACAUAUUGGCCCAGCGCGAUGACUCUGGUGUACGAUCAGUGA